AUGGGACACGGAGCUGCUGAUCCUCAUGCAUGUAAGAUUUCCAUGCUUUGGAAUUGGUAUACUAUUGACGCUUGUUUCUUAGCAAGAUCGUGGCAUGUGAGUACCAAAGGUCAAUUUGCUGGUUCUUGUAUUGGGGCUUUCCUUUUAGUUGUUUCUGGUCAAUGGUUACACAGAUUUUCUCAAGAAUUUGAUGCUGCAAUUGUCAGACGUAAUAGACCAAUUAUCGACUGUAAUUGUGAUGAUUCAGAUGGUGGGAAAACCGCUGAUAUAUCACCAGGUCCAAAUCCUUACUUAUAUGCCUUAUCCCAUGAAUGGUUCUUUAACCCUGCUCCAGGAGUAGUGGCAACUCCAUUCGAACAUCUUAUUAGGUGUAUAUUGUUUGUUAUUGAAUGGGGAUUGGCUUAUAUUAUCAUGUUACUCUUCAUGUAUUACAAUGGGUAUAUUAUUAUUUCUUGUUUGUUGGGAGCCUUGUUUGGUAAAUUGAUCUUUGCCUAUAGACAACCUUUAGCAGGCCAGAAUUCUGUGGUCACAGCUUGUGGCCAUUAA